UAGCUUGUUCGGCGAUAACGAUCUUGUUCCAGCCCAUGAAAGUGCAGACUAGGCGGGAUACACAUGCCCAUUUUCACGUAAUGACUCUUUGAUCCAAUUAUAAAGCCAGAAAUCUAGUUCAUGAGAUCUUGUCGAAUUUAAAGUUGCAGUAUUUAUUUCAAGAAAUUGAAGGAAAUGGCCUUAGCUGUAGUAGGGUUCUGGAGGAUCACGUUACCAAGGAUGGAUGAGUUCGUUGGUGCCUGAAUGCACUCAGUCAUCCACCCCAGAGCUAUGGUAAUUCACAAUAAAUCCAGGUCUCUGAUUUUUCAUUACCGCCGGCUUUCCUGUCUGGAUGCGGAUAAUUAGCAAUGAAUAAUUGUGAGUCAGGAUCACAUUGGUCUGAGCUAGUCAGCUAGAUACUUUAUUUUUUUCCAUCAUUGAACCACCUUCACUCACCAGUGUCUCAUCAUCCUCGUGGGGAAUACAGUGCUUCUUAGUCAUUUCUCGACUGUGGUUUAUGUGUAAGUUGCGUCAAGCCAUGUAAUCUUUCCCUAAAGGAUGGACCUAUUACAUACACAUGUAUGUUAUGUACAUUCCCAGGGAAAAGUGGUUUGUGUCAAUUUACUCAUACGUGUCUGAGCCAAAGUAUCCAGAACGCUCACAGUUUGAGAGCCGAGUUUUAAGCAAAUUGUUUCACACCGAGGAUUCAGAUCUCUUACCAUUCGUUGGUGAGACAUUUGCAAAUUUUGCGCGGCUGUUGUGAGCGAUGAUGUAAUGACUUGCAUCUCAAGAUGUUAUCCCCAGACUUUGAUGACACUUUGUCUGGACAGUCUACAAAAGACAGUUGCUUUAAAAUUCACCAGCACCUCUCAAGUUUUGAUUUAGAUUUGAGCCACAAAGCCAAUGAGAUUAUCCAUGAAAUCGAUUACCUCUACGAACAUGGCGCUUUGAUAUUCCAAGAUGGCCUAAGGGUUUGAUAGUAUGUGUGCAGGAUGUGAGGAGAUUUUCUCUGUCUCCGUCAAGCCGUCUGCUUCGGGAAAACUACAGUCUGCUGGAAGAAAGGAAAAAGUAAGGCACCUUGAGCAUUUCUGAGGAACUGUGAUUCAUUUGUCUGGCUUGGCACUGUGCCCAGAGAGAGUGGGGCCUAUUUUUGGGAUAAACGUCUCUAUAGCACUGCCAGAGUGCAGUACAAUGACGCAAGGGAAGAGGGUUGAGUAGGCGUCAAAACAGGGAACUACGUAGGGUAUUUCAUGCUCCUUUGGUCUUGAGGUCAGUUGGCAAGACGGAAUCAGCACAGAAAGCUACUUCCUGUCAAUAUGGAGCCUUGCUGGAAAGAAAGAUGGCCUUGUAACUGCGAUCACAAGUUUAGGGAGGAAUGGUGUUGCUCCACUUCCAAGAUCAUUGCUACCUUGAGGCUGCUGAUCUCACGUGAGCACAGUAAUGCUGCAGGUUGCUGAUUGCAUCAUCCAUGAGCUUAACGAUGGUGGACAUGUACAAUGUAUAUAGUAAGAAAGAUGGUGGUCCUGGAUUUAUCUUAAUUGCAAGGGACUUGAUGCUGUUAAAAAGUGGGAUUUGGACCCAUUAAGAACUUAUGAGUGUAUGCACACAAAUCUCCCUCAGUAAAUUACAGGACAACAUUACAGGGAGCAGCAGAUGGUCUGAAUAUUUCAUGAUGCCCAAUUAGAUGAGGUCGUGUAAUCAAUGAAGCACAUGUAUGCCAGCAUAUUGUGUGUGAUUGUCAGCUUGUGAGUAGAUGAGAAAUUAUUGGGCAACUUGUCAUCUGCAAGUGGAGGUGACUUUCCCAGUAUUCCCAAAUGUUGCAAAACUGCAAAUUCUCGACACUACGCUUUCACACAGACCACCUGUAGGAACAAAUCUUGGCUUCAGCGUUUGUCAUCGUAGAGGUUUUCAGAUUGAUUUGGGAUUGAAAAUCUUUGACUGGUCAAGUCAAGCUGACUUUGUUUGAUUGAGGCAGAAGACGGAGGUUUUAACUAUGGGAUACGAAGACGCUGAAACAUGGGCAGAGCUGAUGGAAAACAUGAAAGCCCUUUGUGGUGACCGUGUUGUCCAGAUGACCAAGACAUACAAUGACAUUGAUGCAGUGACCCGCCUUCUGGAAGAGAAAGAGAAAGACUUGGAGCUUGCAGCCAAGAUUGGGCAGUCUCUUCUAGAACAAAACAAGCAGCUUGAGAAGCGCAUUGAUGCCAUUGAGGAGCAGUUCACCCUCGCUGCAGACGAGAAUACACAACUGAAGCAUGAUAUUAAACUCAAGGAGCAGCUACUCAGGAUCUACACCAACGAGGUCAGCUAUAGCGACUCAGAGGAAGACACAGCCCAGAGCCAUGACAGAGGCCACGCCCUCCAGUCCAAGUUCAUCAAUGUGGAGGCGCUUCAGAAGAAGGUGCGUGUCUUGGAGGAAGAGAACUUCCAGCUCAGGAUGGAGACGGCCGAGAUGAAGACCAAGACGGUCAGCAUCGAGGAGAAAGAGGCUCAGCUGGUCCAAGAUGCCUUCAAGCAGCUCGGUGAGGCCCAGGGCCGAGAGGGGGUACUAGCAGAUGAGUUGAGCCGUAGGUUAGAGGAGACGUACCAACAGAAGGAAGAGAUUACAAACUUGCUGGCCCAGGUGGUGGAACUGCAGCAGAAGGUCAAAAAGCUCUCUAUUGAGAAUGAGGAGCUACAGCACCAAUAUCAAGCAGCUAGGGAGGCUCAGCAAUCUCUCACUAAAGAGUUACAAGAAGCCCGAGACAAGGCAGACGAGUACUUCACCAUGUUGAAUGAGGCCAGGUUAGAGGCCAAGGAGAUUCAUCGGCGUUCCUUACCAAAGAGCAACCUGCCGCAAUACAACGUAAACCCGUUACCAAUCUUCCCACCGGAUUCUCUGGCAGCUGAGCUUGUCAACACUGUGGAGCAAGAGCUAGCAGGAGGCAAUCCUAAACUCAGCCGACGAGGCAAUAAAAGGGAACAAAACAGGAACAUCUUGCGGACCGUGAGGGAUCUAAACCGAGCCUCCAGUAGCCGAGCGCCAUCAGACUACAGUGAGGACAUCUACAGCAGCCGUCGUACCUCCCCAGGAAGCUCGGUCAUAUCCAUGGCAGGAUCUCAGCUGAGUGAGGCACCUUUGAGUGAGCAGUACGAGGGGGAUAAUGAGUCAAACAACAGCCCAUCUGGCUCUGUGCAUCACUUGGGCCGGACAGGCAUCCCUGGCUCCAACGACCUAGAAACGGCCCUCCGCCGCCUCAACCUGCGCAAGCAGAACCAGGAGGCAGAGGACAAGUAUGCAGAGGAGGAGAAGCUCCGCCUCCUUCAGGGGUCAGAGCCAGGGGGCACAGGGGGCUCCCAGACCCCUACCUGCCCCAGCCCAGGGAGCAUCUGGUCCAUGGACAGCUUUGGAGGAUUGCCGUCCAUGAGUGGGCAUGGCUUUCGGUCGUACAUGCCGGAGAAGCUGCAGAUUGUCAAGCCCAUGGAAGGUUCCUUGACGUUAUACCACUGGCAGCGUCUUGCCCAGCCUCACAUGGCCAGCAUGCUGGACGUCAGGCCGGGCGUCAUGGUCAAGGGCUUCAGGGAGCUGGAGAGAGACGGGACCAUCUACUCCAUGGACGAUGUGGAGGAUGAUGGGCGAGUCAUCGAGCACACUUGCGUUCCUAGCAAAUGUUUUGUCAGUACGUCUAGUACCUACACCUACACCACGAGCACCAUCGGUUUGCUUGAUAACACGGUGCUUACUUCCAGUGACAAGGGUCCGAGGAUGGCCAACACAGAACACAUCAGCAAACCCACUAAGCCUGUCGCUGCUAGGACCUUCAGCACAUCCUUGGGCCUGGCUCAGGUCUUGAAGGAGCGAGAUGUAGAUCAGACGGCUGAGCCCAAAGUCCUGACGAAAGUGGAAGCGGCUGCCAUCAACCCGGCCGGCGUCAAUGCGGGGCUGAACAUGUUUGGCGCCCCCACGCAGGCCCCGCUCAAGAGUGCAUCGGAGGCUGCAAGAGAAACCUCGUCAGAUGUGGAGGAACCGCAGCGCAUGCACCGCAUCUCCAGCCGCAUCUUCUCCCGCUUUGCCGUGCCGGUGCGCUCCAAGAACAUCACAGACUCGCUGGACGCAGAGACCAAAACCCGGCUCAUGGAGAAGGUACGUAAGAUCCGGGCAGAGAAGGAGACCUCUGAGCGUCGAGCCCGGACUCUUCAGCGCCAGCCCGUCGCUCCGAGCGUGCGCACCAGAGACGUCGUGAUGAGCCCGGUACGAACACCCCGAUCUUCAGCACCCGCAUCUUCAGCACUAUCCACAGAGGGCUUUUGUAUGGGUCUAGAAGGAGCCGUAGGAGGCUACAGCCCCCCAGGAGCAUACGGCUCGCAUGCUGGAACAGUCCAUCGAAACAGUGGUCUUACUGUUGACUCAAAGGUCCCCAAGAAACUCUUCUCAUCAGACGACUCGGGAAUUGAGCUUGGGUUUGCCACAACCACACCGGGACCCACCCCAACUGUUUCUAAUCUCCCCUUUCAGAUGACCUUCACUGGAACUGUUUCUACAACUCGCAGUGUGCCAGGGUUUAACACUAUCCAGUUGGGCCCAGCUAGCUCAAGCUCCACUUCAAAUGUGUUUAGUUCCUCCAAAUCAUCGAGUGCAUUCGGUAGCCGGGGUGGUCAUUCCGAAGUCCUAGAAUGCACUAAGCCACAGGGUUCCCAUGGGAUUGGCUUGCUCGGUGCACUCAGCUCCACCGAGACUGUAUCUAGUCACCCCAAGCAGCAGGGUUUACACGGUGCAGCCAGUGUUUCAGCUGUUUCUAGUCACCCCAAGCAGCAUUCUUCAUACAGUGGAGGCAGUGCAUUGACUGUUUCUAGUAACUCCAGAUCAACAGACACAUCUCAGUCACAGACGGCAGGAGUUGGACUAGCCUCGUUGCUCAGCGCAUCUAGACCCUCCGUGCUUCCCAUUAGAGGACAGACAGGAGGAGGAGAGACCUCAAAGGAGGGUCUGGCGACUCAAGCCACGACCCAAGGGGUCACAAGUCCUAUGUCCAUGCUGGCCGGAAACCUCUCCUCUUUGAAAGGUUUCCGUAAACCCGGCCCUAUGCUAUAGCAAAAAGUCUAUGUGUGUGAAUGUGUGCCCUGGUCGGCAUGACAUUGUGGGAAAGUUUUCUUUGUGUGAGAUAAUGUGGAGCAGAUUGUACGGACUUCAAUCGCAGUAAUAUUUGGUCCCCACAAUGUGUGUGGUUGGCGUAUUACCACAGGACAAGAAUGUGUGUAUGCGUGUUAGAUUUAGUUGGCGGCAGUGUGCGUCAGAAUUUGUAACGUACAAAGUUGAAUGCUCAAAAAUUGUAAUGCUUAAAUUAUUCGAGUGCUGUUUGCGAAAAUAAUACUCAGUCAAACUGAGAAAAUGUUCAGUGUAAUGGAAAGAAUAUUAUUUCCGAUAUCUAUCGAAUCCUGACAAAUCCAUUGUUCCAUUGGACUGAGUGAAAGAAUUACAAAAUUCAAGUCCAGUCAGAAUUCCUGGAGAACUGACGUCCCUAUUGGUUUUACAUCUUGCUCACGGGAACCACGUAGUCUGGUCAUGGAAUCUCUCCACAGAGAAGUGGUUGAUUUACAGGGUUCCAGUUGUUCCAUUGGGAACAGCACCACACUAUAAAACUUCCACACGGGUACAUUGUAGAAUAUCUCGUUUGAAAAACGGUUCCCUGACCCAUUUGAUACGAUUGUACACACAUCACUAUUUUCACGGUGCGGCGUUAUGCACAUUUCCAUCAAGGCAGUGUUUCUUUUGCUUCACAAGUAUUUUGACCAAUUUAAUUGAAAUGAGGAGAAAUGUGACCAGGUUUCAUGACAGUCAAAUCAGUUGUGGUAACGAUGGAAAAUUGAGGAUAUUUCUAGUGCGUAACGUAACCAUUCAAACAGCAUGGUAGCAUAUGAAGAUAUGCUUAGGACAUCAGUUUCGUGCCACAUAGACCAACCUUGCACAGUAAACUAAUGUUCUGUUACUGUUAAGUCCAAGUGGGAACGCAUAAAUGAUUUACACAAAGAAAUGGUUACAUGCCAUCACGGUAAGUUCAGCAAAAGCACAGAAAAAAAGUCAAAUGGGAAACACGGCUCAGGAUAAUUCAGUCAGUGAGCUAAGAUCCCUGCAGGCUCUGCAGGUAUAAAAAGAUUGUAGAGACAGAUCAACCUCCAACCUUAUGAGAUCAGGGAAACAGCAGGUAUUAAUCGUAUCUUGUAGCAUCUCUCCAUUUAGUCAGUUGUAUGUACUCGGAGAAAAAAUCGAGACAAGCCAUGUGUGGCAGCAUUACCACCUGCAAACCAUGAUAAUUUGUGAUGCAUUUCAGGAUUCUUUGAAAGCAGCUAAAUAUCACUUUCUGUUUUUAAGGUCUGCAAAAAAUGAGUUUUUUGUAUAAAAUGAAGCAUUUUGAGUUAACCACUGUUCAACACAAUUGAAAUGAUAUCUUUAUGAUUUUUCAAAAUGCUAUUUUUAAAUAUCGGGUCAGUACAUCUGCAGCAAAUAAAAUCUUUCUGAUUUUGAAAAGUUUGAAAGUUUAUGUAAUGAGUUUUAUUUUGAUAUAAUUUUAUGCUGUGCAAAGUUUUAACUUUGGAAAAGUGCAAUAUAAGUAUGUUUUACUCUUUUGCUGUAAUUCUGUUGUUUUUGAAAUUUGGACGUCCCAAGGAAGAAAUGGCAGUGAUUAUUUUGAUGUUGGUUCAUUAAUUUAACAAAUUCUGUGACAUGCAAAGCGCUUUCAAAACUGGCAUAGAAUUUUUCUUCAAAAGCAGUCAUCAGUGAAACUUGCAGGGUCUGUAAUGUGAUAUUGCAAGAUGUAACCUCAAGUAUCGUUUGCAUCUAGUUGGAAUCAUCCUCACUCCUUUCUGGCAGUUCUCAAUCCAGGUUCUCACCGAAUGGUUGUCCCAAAAGGCUUUUUUUUUUGUUGCAGUCGGUGUGCUUCAAAUGCAGUCAUAUAUUCUGCAAAGUUUUAUGCUGUCUACACGUUUUCCCUACAAUCACUACAGUUCCUAUGGUAUUGGACUUGUUUGCAUUUUCCGCCAAUUGCUCGAUCAUUCCCUUGCAUUGAAUCAUCACUACCCUCUGGCGGUAUGGUUCCCUGAAGCCAAGACAUUGUUACUGUAUUGAUUUACCAUAUGGUGCCAUUACAUCUGAGAAUUCCUAAUGAAAAGGGGGUAGGGAUCCAUGUCUGUUGUGUGUUUCUUGUCAGUCGUAGGUCUGUCAACCUGAAUUUCAACUAACACAUCUCAAAGACUAGAUCUAUUAUGGAGUUGGUUGUAUAGCCCAAACAACAUGUGUUUUCCUGUCUUUAUUUAAAACAUUUUCAAUCCAGGUUUUGCUGGUGUCAGAUGCAUUUAUAACUUUUUGUUGCUUGAUACUUGUAUAUUUAUUUGUAACAACCAAGAGUUACUUAUAUUUGAAAAUAGGUUGCAAAGAAUAUCCACAAUUUUAACCAUUUUAAACAAGUAUAAAAGACUUUUAACUAAUACAUGUACCUUUAAAUACCCUCAAAAUCUAAUUGUAAAUGUAGCUAUUUAUGAAAUAAACAAGUACUGCUAAAAUAAGGUUUUAGCCCUGUACAAGUGAUAUACUGGAGGCCCAAAGCUGCAUCCCCUAUAAUAGUGUUGCAAAAUAAAUAUUCCCGUGG